AUGACGGGGCAGAAGGAAUUUCUGCGAGACUUAAAGCUCACUCCAAAUGCUGGUUAUGUAACAUAUGGAAACAACUCCAAUUCAGAAAUUCGUGGUUAUCGAACUCUCACCAAUGGAAACUUCUCUAUUUCACAUGUUGCUUAUGUAACUGAUUUGAAACAUAACUUGAUAAGUGUUGCUCAGCUCACUGACUCAAGUCGUCGUGUGGAAUUUUGCAAGAAGUAUAGCUAUGUGAUGACUGAAGACCGAAAAGAAUGUUUGAUAAAGUCACUCUGCAACAAGAACAUGUAUCCGCUUGACAUCAACAUGAUUAUUGGUAAACUGCAACUCUGCCUUCUCUCCAAAGUUGUUCCUGACGUUAGUUGUUUAUGGCACCGAAGGCUCGCUCAUCUGAAUUUUCGGUACAUGAAUGAUCUUGUAUCAGAUGAAAUGGUAAGAGGUUUACCUCUUCUCAAGUUUGAAAAUGAUCACUUGUGUGUUGCUUGUGAGUGUGUUGAAAGAAGCAACAAAACUCUCAUUGAAGCUGCUCAAUCCAUGAUGAACUUCGCAAAUCUACCUCUUUAUCUUUGGGCUGAAGCUGUAUCCACUGCGCGCUUCACUCAGAAUCGAAGUAUCAUCAAUCGACGCCUCAACAUAACACCAUAUGAAGCAAUGAAUGGUCGGAAGCCAUCAAUAUCAUUUCUUCAUGUCUUUGGAUGCAGAUGCUUCAUCAAGAACAAUCGUGAUCAGCUUACCAAGUUCCAACCUAAAGCUAAUGAAGCCAUUUUCCUUGGGUACUCCUCAAAAUUGAAAGCCUACAGAGUUCUUAACCGGAGAACUCGUGUUCUGGAAGAAAGCUCUGAUGUUACUUUCGAUGACAACUUCGUUCGGAAUUCUGGUCCUACUCACAUUACAACUCACAUCAUGGAGUCUGAUGCUCCUCCGCCAGGAUGUCCGAACUAUCAGACAAUUCUUGAAGUUGACUUUGAAACUCUCUUUGGUCUUUCCAAAACCGCUCUUGAUUCGGAAUCUCGAUCAAGACCAUCUCUUAUUCCAAUCCCUGCUUCUAAAGCCCCAGUCUCACAAAACGCUUCUCAGUUCCCUUCUGAUGAUGAUGCUAACCUCUCCGGUUUAUAA